UACACACAUACCUUCACAAUGGGUUUCACUGACUUCGUUUCCGAAUCCGGCCUCACCCUCGCCAACAACUACCUGGCUUCCCGGAGCUACAUUGUUGGCGAUGCUCCCUCCCAGGCCGAUGUCGUGACCUUCAAGGCCUUCUCCAGCGCCCCUGACGCUGAGAAGUACCCCCACGUCGCUCGCUGGUACAAGAACAUUGCCUCCUACGAGGCUGAGUUCUCCAGCCUCCCCGGUGAUGCCUCCAAGGAGUACACCACCUACGGCCCUGAGGCCACCGAGCUCCCCACCAACCCUAAGGACAAGCCCGCCGCUGAGGACGACGACAUGGACCUCUUCGGCUCCGACGAGGAGGAGGAGGACCCCGAGGCCGUCCGUCAGCGUGAGGAGCGUCUCGCUGAGUACAAGAAGAAGAAGGAGGCCAAGGGCCCCAAGCCCGCUGCCAAGUCCAUCGUGACCCUUGAGGUCAAGCCCUGGGAUGAUGAGACCAACCUUGAGGAGCUCGAGGCUAACGUCCGUGCCAUUGAGAAGGAGGGUCUCGUCUGGGGUGCUUCCAAGUUCGUUACCGUUGGUUUCGGUAUCAAGAAGCUCCAGAUCAACCUUGUCGUUGAGGACGAGAAGAUCUCCCUGGAUGAGCUCCAGCAGGAGAUCGAGGAGGACGAGGACCACGUCCAGUCCACCGAUAUUGCUGCUAUGCAGAAGCUGUAAAUGAUUGUUGAUGAUAAACCAUAUGGUGUGACGAUGGAUUAUUUAUGUGAUUCCACGGGAAUUUACUGUCAUGACCCUGAAUAAAUAAAAGCUGGCUUAGUCGGCGUGACGAAUAAUAAAAAAAUCGAAAAAUUAUACCC